AAAAUAUUAAAAGUGGGUAUAAGUGUAAAAGGAGAGAAUAUGAAAAAUAUGAUAUGAGUGGUAUAUUGUUUAAAUUUUCCGUUAAAUGAAAUGGAACAAAUAAUAGAAUACAACCGCAAAAGAUAAUUAGAUGAACGAUUUUUUUUUUUUUUUUUUUUUUUUUUUUUUUUUAAUCAAUGAACGAUAUUUAUGUUGGUCUCCCAGGAUUCUGCACUUCUCGCUUCUGACCUUUUGCUUAUCUUUUUGUGUCACUCUCUUCCGUUCUGUUCCACUCAUUUAUCUUUUCCUUUUGACUCACAAUUGUAAUUCAAUUAUUAAAUAUCUGGUUUUGCAAUCUGGGUUUUUCUUUUUUGGGUCUUCAUAAUCAAUCAUAUAUCAGAAAAGAAGGAUGACUUGUAUAGUUCAAUAAGAUGGUUUUUCAAGGAAGUGAGCGUAAGCUAUGUAUCACCCGGCAAGGUGCAAGUAUUUGCAAUUUGAUAUGUAACUGUUAGUUUUGUUUAAAGUCAAAUUACUUGAUUACUGUGGCUGAUUUGAUUUCUAUCUAAAAUCUCUCCUUUUAUUUAUUUAUUGCGGAGUUUAUUAUGUUAUAAAUGUAUUAUAUUGAUUAAGAUUAUCUUAUUUAUACUUAUAAAUGAUAAUUCCUCUCUCUUGUUUUAUUGUACCUUUCGGAUUGGUUAUAUUGUCAACAAGUUAUCUAGCAAAAUAAGUAUAUUGUGAGCCAUGUGAGGAUCACUUUGGGAAAUCAAGUUGGCUUGUAACUAGGGAUAAAGGGUUAGUGAACAGAUAAAUGAAGCAUUAUAGACAUUGUGUAGCAUUGUUCAUAAGUUUUCUCAUAUACAGUAUGCUUGCUUCACAUAUUGAUUUCACUAUAUUUUUGGUUGAUGUUGUGUAGGUACACUGCUAAAAUUGCUGAUUUUCUGUCACAUGAAUGCAUGAUGACUAUAAGUGUUAUUUCAACUUAGAUUAUAUUUUUCAAAGAAAAGUUACUGUGUAUCAUUGCUGUUCGUCCACAGGUGCAAUGUUUGGUGAACCUGUUAGUUCUGCUGAUGGGGAAAUUAAAGUGAGUUUUGGUUAUCAGUGUGAUCGAAAGAAGGCCAUCUGUGAAGAUUCUGAUGGAUAUGAAAUCGUCCCUAAGGCUCGACUUAGAAGAAUUAGCAGAUCUUUCUCCUGUCUUUCUGGUGCUGCAUUAAGUGCUAACACUACAUUAGCAAACACAAACAUCUGCAAUGGCAUAAUAGGCUCAGAGAUACUGUCGAGUUGGGACUCACCUAAUUCAUUCCGCAGGAUUCCAUCUUCCCCGUCACUUUCUUCAAAAGUGGAUGUAUUGUCAUCUUCUCUCCAGAGUACUUUGUCAAAUUUGAGUGUUAGUCCAUCUUCUCUAGGAGAAUCGCCUGAAAGUGACUCAUAUCUUAAGUUCAUGAGUGCUCCGUCCCCAAAAGAAGGCUUUCUCAACGCUGUGGAAGUGCAAGUUGCUGGUGGAGCUGCAGGUGAAGAUAGGGUUAUUGCUGUUUGCUCUGAAGAAGAUGGAUGGCUCUUUUGUGGGGUUUAUGAUGGGUUCAAUGGAAGAGAUGCAGCUGAUUUCCUAGCUGGGACAUUAUAUGAUACUUUUCUAAUGAACUUCAACUUAUUUAAUUGGGAUAAUAAAGAUGAUAUAGCUGAAGUAUCUAAUUGUUUUGCUUCAGAUGAUUCGUUCCAGAAUGCGCUAGAUGAUGACAAUAUUUCUAGAUUUGGGAAACAGAUAUUAAGAAUAGGUGGUAGAAAGGAUGUCAACUUUGAUGCUUCAAGUCACUUUUUUAGUACCGAGAUAGACACAUCAUCAGAUAUUUUUAAAAAAGGGGUGCUAGAGUGUCUCCAACGCGCUCUUAGUCAAGCUGAGAUUGACUUCCUGUCAAUGGUUGAGCAAGAUAUGGAAGACCGCCCUGAUCUCGUUUCUGUUGGAUCUUGUGUUUUGGUUGCACUGCUUGUUGGGAAAGAUUUGUAUACAAUGAAUUUAGGUGAUAGUAGAGUUGUUGUUGCGACACAGAGCAGUGGUUGUGAUGUUGGAGAGACCAUAACUUUAAAAGCAAUCCAACUUACAGAUAUUCAUACUACUGACAAUGAAGUUGAGAGAUCUAAACUUGUAUCAAAUCAUCGUGAUGAUCCUUCAACAAUUACUGCAGGGAAAGUGAAAGGAAAGUUGAAGGUAACUCGUGCAUUUGGUGUUGGGUACUUGAAGAAGAAAGUAUUGAAUGAUGCAUUGAUGGGAAUUCUCAGAGUUCGAAAUUUGAUAAGUCCUCCUUAUGUCUCCACAAGUCCUUCAAUCAACGUUCACAGAAUCUCAAGAUCUGAUCGCUUUGUUGUACUUGGCAGUGAUGGUUUGUUUGACUUCUUUACCAAUGAAGAGGUCGUUAGACUGGUCCAUUUGUUCAUAUUGAAAAAUCCUUCGGGUGAUCCAGCAAAGUUUCUACUGGAGCAACUUGUCAUUAGAGCUGCAGAUUGUGCAGGAUUCAGCAUGGAAGAGCUCUUAAAUAUUCCACCAGGAAGGAGGAGAAAAUAUCAUGAUGAUGUGACUGUAAUUGUGAUCAUCCUAGGACAAAAUCCACGCACUUUAAAAGCUUCAAUAUGUCUGUGAGUUUCAUGUUCGAGUUUCAUCCUAUAACUGUAUAUAUAAAUUUUGAAUGAUUCAUUAGCCCUCCUAGUUUUGGAGGAAAUUUUGUUUAGGAGAGCUGGAACCAUAGAAGACUGAAUUUUGUCUUUCUCCCUUUUCCUGGGUCCAUGACCAGAACAAUUUUCAUGUCCAUGUGUAAUGGUGAUGAUGAAUGAUGAUAAUGUAGGUAAGUUUUCUCUUAUGAUUUGUGAAGGAUCAGCUUUGUAAAUAUUCGAUUUUCACUUCUUUGCAGCAUUUUGGAAGAUAUUUGCA